ACCGUAGCCGCAGAACACUGUUUGACACUGUGGCUGCGGCAAAUUCCUGAAGGAGAGUAGGAGACUCGUUGCACCUUGCGCCUCUGAGGAUCCGGUUCCUAGUCGCUUCGUCUGCCUCCGGCGAGUCCUGACCUUUCGCGCCGCCGGCCAUGGAGUUCAUCAACGACGACUGGGAUUCCCAGCCCCGCGCCCGCGUCGUCCAUUCCGUCACCAACUCCACAUCCUCCUCCUCUUCUACCUCCGCCAGAACAUCCCCCUCCCUCCCCCACGCCGCAUCCUGCGCCGCCGCGGCCGUCCUCCUCCUCGCCGCCGCGUACUACCUCCCCCCGGCCUUCCAGGUCCUCUCCUCCCUCCUCGUCUGGGUCGCCGCCUCCCUCCUCCUCGCCCCCUUCGCGCCUUUAUCGUCCACCGGCGGCGACAUCUCCGUCGGCCGCGGCCGCCUCCUCCCCUCCCAAGAACCGCCCCAAGAACCCACCCCGGAUCCCGCGCCCGCCCCCCGCCGCGGUCGUCGGCAGAACCCGACCCCGCCGCCCCCAAAACCCUCAGAUCCGAUCACUGCUCCCGUCCAACCGGCUGCAUCUCCUCUGCCGCCGCGGGAGGCGGCGGUCGUCUUGGACAGCGGCGAGAGGGAGGACGACACCGGCGAGUGGACCGACCAAGAGCUGGAGCUCCUCCGGCGGCAGAUGGUGAAGCACCCGGCGGGGGAGCCCCAGCGCUGGGAGAAGAUCGCCGCGGCGUUCGGCGGCCGCCGCACGCCGGAGAGCGUCAUCCGGGCGGCGAAGUCGGGUGCCGCCGCGGCGGCCGGGGGCUCGUUCGAGCAGUUCCUGCGCAAGCGGAAGCCACUCGAUCCGAGGGCGGAGGCGGCUGACGUAGGUGCCAAUGCUGGAGGUGGGGAGGGUGGGGACGGCGCUUGGAGCGCCGGUGAUGACCGGGCGCUGCUGAACGCGCUUAAGGAGUUCCCCAAGGACACGGCGAUGAGGUGGGAGAAAGUGGCGGCUGCUGUGCCAGGGAAGACGAAGGCCGCGUGCAUGAAGAGGGUCACUGAGCUCAAGCGUGACUUCCGGAGUACCAAGGCGGCAUCGGAGGCAGCAUCGUAGGAUAAUGAUGUGUGCUUCCCAUUGAAUUUUGGGAAGGUGUCGGACUGAAUGACUGAUGCAGUGACGCAUUAUGAACAUCUCUUUGUGAAGUUUAGCGGAAAAAUAGUUACAUGUCUAGCUCCACUGAAUCAGGGAGAUGCCAGAUGAAGGAGAGCACAUAAUUAUACAACAGGUUAUGUAAUUUUCCUAUUGAAUUCAGAAUCAGGAAAACCCUUGAAACAAAAGAGACUUAUUAGACACAUGAGAAACAAACAGAUGGACAAGGAAUAAGUUGUUUUCGUCUUGUGUUGCAACUGGCAACAUGCCACUGCUUGAUUUUGUUCAAUUUUUGACAUAUUAUAAACUGUUACAUGCAUU